UUCCCUUGCCCUAGGGGUAAUUAGUGUCCUUGGAGUUAAAUAAGCUAAUACUUAGACACCUCUGGCACAAGCAAUUAUGUUUGUGUAUUGAAUAAUUGAUUCAAAGAGGGGGGAAGGGCUGCUAAUCAGAUCUGAGCAUAAUGAAUUGAUUUAAUUAACAGGGGAAUCCGAGGGUCUCUGGAAGCUGCGCGCAUUUAUUCAGUAGCAGCAGAGGCGAGCGCGGCACAUAAACUGGAGGAGAGAGGCGGCGUGAGUUUGCUUUUAGCAGUUGUCAGAUUUGCAAUUGGAUUUGUUUGAAUGUAGUUGUUGUUUCGGAGCAAAUGAGAACGGGAAAGAGAGAAUAUUAACAGCGAAGGGGGGAGCUCGGCCGUUCAGUCUGAGCGUCUGAUCCGUCCGUGUGUGCACACUUACAGAUAGGCGACACUAGAUUUAUAUCGCUUUUCAUUGUUUUGCCUUUUUUCUUAUUCGCAUGGAAUUUAUCAAGAGCAAGCAACGCUGUUUGAUCGCGAUUUAUUUGCGUUGCACUUCAGUCCGGAUAGGGGGAUCUCGCCGCGUAUCUCGCCGUAUUCCGUGUAUGAAUUAUUAUUGAUAGGAGAAGAGAAGAGAGAGAGAGAGAGAGGAAGAAAAAAAACGUGCAGACGGCAAUUCAUCUUUCCAGGGUUUUGGUUUAUCGAGGCGUAGUCUAGUCAACCGCGCGUUUCAAAGCCAUUUCCAGGAGAAGCUGUGAGCAGACCGAGCGGUGCAGCCUGCUGGAGCCGAGGACGGAUCGCCCGGGGAAGGACUCCUCGUUCCUCAGGACGAUGGUGUUGGACAAGGAAGAGGGUGUGCCGAUGCUCUCCGUCCAGCCCAAAGGGAAACAGAAGGGGUGUGCUGGCUGCAAUCGCAAGAUUAAAGACCGCUACCUGCUCAAGGCCCUGGACAAAUACUGGCAUGAGGACUGUCUCAAAUGUGCCUGCUGUGACUGCCGCCUGGGGGAGGUGGGCUCCACCCUCUAUACGAAAGCCAACCUCAUCCUCUGUCGCAGGGACUACCUGAGGCUCUUUGGUACAACGGGGAACUGUGCAGCCUGCAGUAAACUGAUCCCAGCCUUUGAAAUGGUGAUGAGAGCCAGAGAUAAUGUUUACCAUUUGGACUGUUUUGCCUGUCAGCUUUGUAACCAGAGGUUUUGCGUGGGGGACAAGUUUUUCCUAAAAAACAACAUGAUUUUGUGUCAAAUGGACUAUGAGGAGGGCCAGCUGAAUGGGAGCUUUGAGACACAGGUUCAAUAGUUGGAACCUCGUGGCAGCAACAAUCGGCUCCACACUUUACACACGAGAUGGAUGUUCUGCUGCACUUGGAAAAAGACAAGCGUCUGUCUGCUUGCCUGCAAUACUUUUUAAGACCCCUUUAUCAGUCCCUAAGGACUCUAUUGUAAAUGUUCAACUUUUUGCCCCUCCCACACCCCAACACUGAGCAGUUACAAAUUUUGAUGUACAGUUGUGCCUGCUUAGCUGAGCACUGUAUUGCUUGUAUGUUUUGUGAAAUUUGUUUCCGGUUUGUUUUAUUUUCCUUUUAGAAAUGGUUCAUUGGAGGGUAUGUACAGUCUGUUUUCUCUGUAUAUAUAAACUGGAACAUUUAUUUUAUGAAAUGUAAUGCAAUUUUAUUACUAGUGUGAAUUAAAGAUUCUUAAAUGUUCAUAGUGAGUUUUUUCUCUUGCACCAAAACCAAAGCUGUCGGAGGAAGUCGGCCCAUGUGUUGAUAUGUAAUGUCUCCAAAAACGGCAACGCUAUAAAAAGCUUUGCAAGAGAAAAUAUAUUUGAAGUCCUUCUUCAAAACAUGAUGCAACAAAACAAGUUUUAUUACAUUUUACAGAGUUCUGAUGGAAUUAGAAAUGCUGUUUAAAAUGAACUACAUAAGAUUUUAUUUGGAAUAAAAGAAUGCUUCUCCAAACUGUGUUGUUGUGAGCGUGCAGGUGUCAUGAAAGGGAGUGAGUUAAGCUGAGCUGCUCUCCGUGAUUCAUGCUUCACUAAUUGCCAUCUGAUUAUGAGGGUGAAUUGGCCUGGAAAUGAAAUGCAACAGCAAAUAAAUUAGAGAGAAAAUAAAUGCU